AUGACCCCGGAAGUUGAUCCCAUUCUAGCAAAGUACCUCCUAAAGACGGGAAAAUUCCCCAAGAAGGGGAUAGACCGGUCUUUCAAAAACAUUCAAGACCGUGUUCUGGAUCUCUUUGGUCCACUGACCAAGAUCCUCAAUCUAGCAGAACAAGCUGCAAAUACUGGUCAAACAGUCGACCUAACCCAACUACGUGGGUGGGCCCAAAGGGCCAUAUGUCUGACGGGCAGUGCCAAUACCGCCUGCUCCGUCGAGCGCAGACGCUCGAUCCUAAUGCGGCUCGACCCGCAACUGGCCCAUCUGGCGGAAUCCGAGCCAGGCCCCGCAGCAGAGGGCAUGUUGUUUGGUGACACCCUAGUUAGGGACAUCAAUAAAUUCGUGGGCAUGUUUAACAGCCUUGACAAGGCGCAAACGUCCCUUAAAAAAGCAGAUCCAUGGAUAUUAACGACAGUUGCGGGGUUCCAGAUAGAUCUAUUGUCCCCUCCGACUCUGGGAGUAGUGCCAUCCCCUAUCCGAUUUGCGGAGCAAAACGUGUCGCUAAUAGACAACGAGCUCCGAGAACUCAUAUCAAAGCAUGCGGUUAUCGAAGUCGAUCCUUCUUCCCCGGGGUUUCUCAGCAACCUCUUCCUAGUCAAGAAGAAAGGGGGAGGUUUCCGACCGGUCAUCAACCUCAGGGACCUGAACCAACAUGUCGCUUAUCGACAUUUCAAAAUGGAGGGCAUCCACUGCCUCCGAGACUUACUCCAACCGGGAGACUGGUUGGUGAAGGUAGACUUGAAAGACGCCUACCUCACCGUCCCCAUGCAUCGGGAGUCCCAACACCUUCUCCGUUUCAGGUGGUGGGAACGCACUUGGCAGUUUACGUGCCUUCCGUUCGGGCUGUCAUCCGCCCCAUGGUGCUUCACGAAAAUCUUGAAACCAGUCGUGGCAUCCCUGAGGAGCAGAGGGGUACGUCUAAUCAUUUAUCUAGACGACAUCCUCAUAAUAGCAUACUCCAAAUCUCAAGCGUAUCGCCACACGACUUGGACGAUCGACCUACUACAAGGGCUAGGAUUCCUGAUCAAUCAUGAAAAAUUGGUCCUCGUUCCGGCUCAAGAGAUGGAAUUUCUCGGUUUCCUAGUAGACACCAAUCUGGCUGUUCUUCGCCUACCCAGCGCAAAAUUGGCUCUGAUCCGCAAAGAGAUCAGAGCGGUGCUCCGCAAGGGAUACUUAUCUCUUCGCGUCCUAGCACGCCUGGUUGGCCUACUAGCGGCAUCCAUCCAGGCCAUAUUUCUGGCCCCCCUCCAUUACAGGGCCCUACAGAGGCUGAAAAUCCUGCAUCUAAGGCAAGGCCUCCGCUAUGCGGACGAGGUGCAUCUAUCUUCAGAAGCUCGUGUCGAACUACAAUGGUGGCUCCGCCAUGCCGUGGAGUGGAAUGGCAGGACAAUCUUCAACUCGCACCCGGACGUCAUCAUCGAAUCGGACGCAAGUCGCCGAGGCUGGGGCGCCCGACUGGGAGGAACCUCGACGGGAGGGACUUGGUCCAGAGCAGAGUCCCUCUUACACAUCAACGCACUGGAACUCUCAGCAGCGUUAUUCGCCAUUCAGAGCUUCCUAGCAGAGAAGUCCAAUUGCUGCGUCUUAUUACGUAUGGACAAUAUUGCGGCGGUACAGUACAUCAACCGCCUGGGUGGCACCAGAUCCAAGAUCCUGGCGGACAUUGCUACAAAAAUCUGGCAUUACUGCUUGUCUCGCGACAUCACCCUGCUGGCGGAAUACAUUCCGGGUAUUUCCAACACGGUUGCAGAUUGGAACUCCCGAACCUUGCCGAACUCCAGCGAUUGGAGAUUGGAUCGGUCAGUCUUCACCCAACUGAACCUGCUUUGGGGUCCAUUGGGCAUAGACCUUUUCGCCUCUCGACUCAAUCAUCAAUUGCCCCGCUUCUUCAGCUGGAGACCGGAUCCGGGGGCUUCGGCAGUAGACGCUUUCCGCCACUUUUGGACGGGGGAAACACACUAUGCGUUUCCCCCAUUCUCGAUGAUCCCCAAGGUUCUGUUACAGAUUACGAGCCAGAAGGCGACGGUAGUGUUGAUCACACCAUGGUGGCCGACACAGCCGUGGUUCCCUCUUCUGAUGGAAUUGGCAAUAGACUACCCCAGACUUCUUCCCCGAUUCCCACACAUCCUCUCCCAUCCGACCAAGGGCAUUCAUCCCCUGGUGGAGGAGGGCACGCUGACACUCCUGGCAUGGCUUGCCAAAGUUGACCUGCAUACUUGGAAAAGACCAAGAAUUGGAGGCAUUUCUGAACAUUAA